ACAACGUAUCACGUGUGAUUUUAAAUGUCCGAAAUCCAAUGUUUCGGUAUUUACCCUCGUCCGUCCUUUACUUCAGUAUAUUUUAUAACUAUUAUUAUGACUUUUAAAAUUCAUUAUUGAAAAUUGAGGACCCUGGCAAUCUAAGUGAAGAGCACACUGAGAGAUUUCACCAAAACAUUAAAGAAAUGGAGCGGAGGUACCAGGGCAGGUGGAAUGUAAACAUGAUAGCAGUUUACUGCUAAAGAGAGACUGCAAGCAACUAUCAAAAGCUGGAAGGAAAUCAAAAGAAAAGGAAGUUUGAAAAAUAGUAAAAUUACAUUUAAGGCCAUGAUUCUCAUCUCAAAGGACAAUGCUUCUAAAAACUAUUUGCCAAAAUUGUUCCAAAAGAGUUUCCUUGCAAUUCCUUGGCCUUCUUUACAAAUCGUCGUCUGUUUCUACUUUGUGUUUCAAAGAAUUUCACAACCAACUAAAGAAAACUGUUGGUUUUCAAAUAUCUUCCCUCCAUCAGUACUUACCAUUUUAUCAGAAUCAAAACAAUUUGGUCCAAGGAAAAAAUCAAAAAGUUCAGUUCCUGAAAAAAAGUUAUUCUUCCCUCCAAGAAGAUAAAUAUACCCCAGUUUUUCAACAUCAAGAAACUGAAAAUGAGCAUUUUUAUAAUUAUUUAUCUCACAACCAAGAAUAUCAGUCGUUCUUUUUACCUCGGGUAUAUAUCAAACAUUGUAGUCAAAACCAAACUACAGACUUGAAUGAUUUUCUUCAUAACUUUCAGACAUAUUCUCCAACACAGAUCCUUGAUAAAUUCCACAAUUUAUCAAAAUUCUCAGCAGAAACGCGUCAUAAGUUAUUCACAAAUAAAAUAUUUCUUGAAAUUUGUCGACUUCUGAUUGACCAACUGCCAAAAUGGAAUACUGAGCAAUUAUUUCAUUAUAUGAACAUUAUAAUUCAUUUUGAAUUCCGGUCCAGCUCAACAAAGCAACAACAAAAGAUUGGUGUCCAAAUGGCUAAGGUCAUUGAUAACCAAUGUGUAUUACAUUCAAAGGAUUUUACUUUAAAGCAAUUCUUUCAAGCAAAUGAUUUCUUUUUUUUACUCCAUUAUUAUAGAACAUGUAAGUUCAAGCAUACAUUUUUUGGAAUUAUUGAAGACCGGUUAUUAAACAAGCAUGAAAUAGUUCUCAGUUUGUUCUAUGCCAAUCUUGCCCGCCAAAUGCCUUUGGAAAUUACUGUUCAAAUACUUCAAUGUCUACCUUCAAUUUCAGAAAGUCUCUCUAUUGAAGAAACUGCAAUUAUUUGUCUUGGAUUUUUCAAAACCAAAAAACAAAUACGUAACUCAGAUUUUCUUGAAGCCUCUGCAAAAAAACUUAAUGAAAGUCUUGAACAAGCUGAUUCAUUGACUGUAGCUUCAAUAUUUAAAGGUUUCCAAAUAUCUUGUUCAAAGUCUAUAGAUAAAACUAUGUUGCCAUUAUUCCAUGAGCUGGAUGACCUGAUAAAUCCCAUCUCUAAACACCUCCAUCAAUACACUUACUCAACAUUCAUGCACAUCAUACUUUUUUUCCACAACAUUCAUUUUGUCAGUGAUGAAUUUUUAGCAAAUGUAAAAAAUCGACUUAAUUUUGAAGAGUUUUUCAAGUAUAGAUUGAAAGAUAUCACAAAAAUCUGCUUUUCUGUAGCCAAUCUUGAACCUGUUUUAGGACCAAUUCCUGAGUUUUGGGAUAAGAUACUACAGGAACUGGAGUCUGGAAAGCGAAAGAAUGAAAUUUUGCAACACCCUCAAUGUUUGUUAAAUAUUUUAGUCGCCAUGACAUUUCUAGAUCUUUAUCCCUUCCAACUCAUUGACUUUAUCUUCCAACCUAAAAUGCUGGAACAAAUUCAUGAUUUACGAAAAACACAAAGACUUGACUUACGCCGUGAACUGUUUCAUUUAAGUGAAAGUGUCAAACUAGAACGGCCCAACUAUACAGGACCGCUUCUGCCAGACAAUUUUCUCAGCACUUUAUCAAAGAAUCAUGAAGUGUUUUGUAAACUACCUGACCUGAAAUCUCCAGAUUUGUCACACCGAGAAAGUCUACUUUUAAAGUUUCUUAAACAACUUGAUACUCUAAUUAAUGAUAACGAGAAGUACCAAAUUGUUUGCUUCUUGCCUCAUUUUCAAACUGCAGACAUAGAGAUGCAGAUUGGUCAUGAUGGCAAACUUCUACCUCUCUAUCAGUGGGUUUUAAAUGGUUUUAAAUCUGUUAAUAAAACUAAUGACCUAAAUAAAACCACAACAGCUCUGAACAGCCUCCUUUUGCAGAUGGUUGGGUUUUCUUCUUCUGUUCAAAGAGUGGCUCUCUUAGUGUUGGGCCCAAAUGCUUUUUGUCGGUUUCACAGUAACAACGAAGUAUCCUAUGUUCUGACAGGCCUUCACAAAGCUAGAAUUCGCCAGUUGAAGAUAAAAGGUUUCAAAGUUAUUGAGGUUCCCUUCUUUGAAAUCAGUGAAGGCAAUAAUAAGGUGUAUAGCAAACUAACAACAGCACUUUCAGAACUGACUCACUAAAUACCAAGAAAUAGGUUCUACAAACUUUGCUUCACCUGGAAAGAGCCCCCUCAAAAAAAAAACUGUUUCUUUGAGCAUUGUAAGUUAUAAUUCUUUAUCUGUUUUUCAGCCAACAGAGUAACUACCUAAUCAAUUUACAAUUCAGUGAUUGGGUGAAUAGCCAGUCAUUAAACAUUUGUUUUCCACCAAACUGGAAAUAAUUCUUCAUUAAAAACAAUUCCAAGAUUAUGUAACAUGUAAUGAAAAAAAUGUGGUAACUGUUUUCUAAAUUUUAUUUAACCCAAUUGUUUAGUUACAGUUCAAAAUAUUAUAUUGUUAUAUGUGUUAUUAUCUAGCGUUGACUACUUCUAAUUACAAGUAUGGAAACCCACACUUAUACACAUUUAAUGAUAGUAACAUUACAUUAAUUAUAAAUUAAAGUGGACUGAAAACAUAGCUUUGGAAAUAUCCCUGCAUCUGUUUGGGAAAAUGUGAGAGUUAGAGUGGCUAAGAUGGACAAAGCUUGUUUUGCAAUCACUUAGUUGUAGGUUCAAUUUCACCAUACAGAUCCUUAGACAAAUAUCUUUCACUCCAGCCUUGGAUCAGGCCAAGCUUUGUGGUUGAAGUUGUACAUAAACCUGUCAGAUGGACUAUUCUUGAGUGAUAGUCUUGUUUAAUACUGUUCAAUGCAUCUAUUUUUUUUACUACAGAUUUAGAGUGUAAUUGCAUUUUUUUUUUCUAUUCAAUAACUGAUAGAUUUCUAGCUAUUACAAGUUUGAUUGUUAUCAUCUCAAUAUUUUAUUGUUUGUGUAGUAAGCUGCAAAAUUCUUACAUUCUCUCACUUUCCUGUAAUUCAGACCACCUCAUGGUCCAAGCAGAUAAAAUGGAAAAAGUGUUGCCUCAGAGGAUGGCUAGGGUGAUGUGCUGGAAUAGCCACUCUGACUAACAGGGCUUGCACUUGCAGAUAGCGGUCAGCAGGGAUGUGGUGCAGGGGCUAAGGAUGCUGGAAAUUUCCACUGUCACAGGCUCAACUAUAAACUUGUCAGCAACCAGUACUGUGAUAUAUUUUUAUUAUAGCCACACAGGGCUUAAUACAGAAAAUAGACAAAAUACAAUGUAGAGCUUUUCUUGGAGGGGGGGGGGGGUAAUUUCGAUC